CGGUAAGGUGGUUGUGAGUCGGUUGUGACCUCCGGCUGCUUUCGAUGCAAUCGAGAAAACACCCCCAUUGAUCUCCUCACUCCCUUUGACUCUCUCUCCUAAAUCCCCCCAACUUCCCUCCAAAUUCUCUCUCUAGAGAACCCCAACAAUGGCUCGCCUCCUCAACACCACCACAUUCUUCCCCUCCACCCCCUCCCUCCGCCGCCAUCCCCUCCCGAGAAGGAGAACUCUAGUAAUCCAAGCCAAGAUCCGAGAGAUAUUCAUGCCCGCCCUCAGCUCAACCAUGACCGAGGGCAAGAUCGUCUCCUGGAUCAAGUCCGAGGGCGACAAGCUCAGCAAGGGCGAGUCCGUGGUCGUCGUCGAGUCCGACAAGGCCGACAUGGACGUCGAGACCUUCUACGACGGCUACCUCGCCGCCAUCAUGGUCGAGGAGGGCGCCGUCGCCGCCGUCGGCUCCGCCAUCGCCCUCCUCGCCGAGACCGAGGCCGAAAUCGACGCAGCCCGUUCCAAAGCGACAUCCACCAAUUCUCCUUCACCUCCUCCUCCCGCUCCUGCCCCCGCUCCUGCUCUCGCUCCGGUUUCAAAUUCCCCGCCGCCGCAGGCGACUCUUUCGACCGCUCCGGCGGUGCCGGUGGCGUCUGCGGUGCACCCGGCGUCGGAAGGGGGGAGGAGGGUGGUGGCGUCACCGUACGCGAAGAAGCUGGCUAAGGAGAUGGGCGUGGAGUUGAGUGGGGUGGUGGGGAGUGGGCCCAUGGGGAGGGUUGUUGCUAAGGAUGUCGAGGCCGCGGCGGCAAUCGGUGGCGUGAGCCCGGGGAAGAAGGCGGCGGCGGUAGGUACUGGGAUUGAGUUGGGUUCGGUGGUGCCCUUUACGACAAUGCAGAGUGCGGUGAGUAGGAACAUGGUGGAGAGUCUUUCGGUGCCGACUUUUAGAGUUGGGUAUACCAUCAGUACUGAUGCACUCGAUGCUCUUUACAAGAAGAUUAAAUCGAAGGGAGUGACAAUGACAGCAUUGCUAGCAAAGGCGACUGCUCUUGCAUUGGUUAAACACCCUGUUGUGAACUCUAGUUGUAGAGAUGGUAAGAGCUUUACAUACAAUAGCAGUAUCAACAUUGCCAUUGCAGUGGCCAUUGAUGGUGGGCUGAUUACGCCAGUGCUUCAGGAUGCUGACAAGGUUGACAUAUAUUCAUUGUCAAGAAAAUGGAAGGAGUUGGUUGAUAAGGCCCGGGCCAAGCAGCUGCAACCUAAUGAAUACAAUUCAGGUACUUUCACUCUCUCUAACCUUGGAAUGUUUGGUGUGGAUCGCUUUGAUGCCAUCUUGCCGCCAGGAACUGGUGCAAUCAUGGCUGUUGGAGGAUCUAGCCCCGCUGUUGUUGCCACCAAAGAUGGUCGGAUUGGCAUGAAGACGCAGAUGCAGGUAAAUGUUACGGCAGACCAUCGCGUUAUAUAUGGUGCUGAUCUGGCUGCAUUCUUGCAAACCCUAUCUAAGAUAAUCGAGGAUCCAAAAGAUCUUACACUAUAGUUUCUUCGUACGGUCUGAGAUCACUUCCUUGUGGUGUGUUCCUCUGCUUCUAGUCUCUUUGAUUAGCAUCAUGGGCUUUGGCGAGUUAGAUCGUGGAAAAUUUAAGACUUAAAUCACUAUCUGCUCAAAUCAAGGUUCUGAGGGACAACAGGAGCAGAUUUUUGAAGAGCAGCUGUAUUUGUAUGUUUCCCAUUUCAUAAAUGUUUCGUUGAGUUUGAAUUUAGAAGGUAGUUAAUAAUUGUCAUAAACCCAGAUCAGUCAUGAUUCCUCGCAGAUUUAGUGUCACUCAUUUGUUAGAGGAUUGAUCAGUUCGUGGAGAUUUUCAAUAACGAAGUUCCUUUCAAGUGGAAUCCACUUAACAAA